GGAGUUUCAAGUGAGACUCAGGCAGGCGUUGUAAUGGCGCAGCAAGGAGUUCAGCUGGACCGGGAAACUUUCUCUUGUUCGAUCUGUCUGGAUCUCCUGAAGGAUCCGGUGACUAUUCCCUGUGGACACAGCUACUGCAUGAACUGUAUUAAAAAGUUCUGGGAUGGAGAGGAUGAGAAGAAAAUCUACAGCUGUCCUCAGUGUAGGGAGACCUUCACACAGAGGCCUGUUGUUGUCAAAAACACCAUGUUAGCAGUUCUAGUGGAGGAGCUGAAGAAGACUGGACUCCAGGCUGCUCCUGUUGAUCACUGCUAUGCUGGACCUGAAGAUGUGGCCUGUGAUGUCUGCACUGGGAGAAAACUGAAAGCAGUCAAGUCCUGUCUGGUGUGUCUGGUCUCUUACUGCAAGAAACACCUUCAGACUCAUUAUGACUGUGCUGCGUUUGAGAAACACAAGCUGGUGGAGCCCUCCAAGAAUCUCCAGGAGAACAUCUGCUCUCGUCAUGAUGAGGUGAUGAAGAUGUUCUGCCGUACUGAUCAGCAGUGUAUCUGUUAUCUCUGCCCUGUGGAGGAACAUCAAGGCCACGACACAGUCUCAGCUGCAGCAGAAAGGACUGAGAGGCAGAAAGAGCUCGAGGGGAGUCGAGAACACAUCCAGCAGAGAAUCCAGGACAGAGAGAAAGAUGUAAAGCUGCUUCAACAGGAGGUGGAGGCUAUCAAUCUCUCUGCUGAUACAUCAGUGGAGGACAGCGAGAAGAUCUUCACUGAGCUGAUCCGUCUCAUGGAGAAAAGAAGCUCUGAUGUGGAGCAGAUGGUCCGAGUUCAGCAGAAAAGUGAAGUGAGUCGAGUCAAAGAGCUUCAGGAGAAGCUGGAGCAGGAGAUCACUGAGCUGAAGAGGAAAGACGCUGAGAUGAAGAAGCUCUCAGACACAGAGGAUCACAACCAGUUUCUCCACAACUACUCCUCACUGUCACCACUCAGUGGAUCUACAUCCAGCAUCAAUAUCCGUCCUCUGCGCUACUUUAGGGAUGUGACAGCGGCCGUGUCAGAAGCCAGAGAUAAACUACAGGAGCUUCUAAAUGAGAUAAGGACAAAUAUCUAUCUGGCUGUGGUUGAAGUGGAUGUUUUACUGUCAAAUCCACAACCAGAGCCCAAGACCAGAGCUCAAGUCUUAAAAUAUUCACGUGAAAUCACACUGGAUCCCAACACAGCACACCCCCAGCUGUGGCUCUCUGACAGAAAAGCGACAUUUAUGAAAAAACAUCUGUCUUAUCCUAGUCACCCAGACAGAUUCGCUGAAUGGCAGCAGGUCCUGAGUGAACAGGGUCUGACCGGACGUAGUUACUGGGAGGUGGAGUGGAGGGGAGGAGGGGUUGAUGUAGCAGUUGCAUACAAGAACAUCAGCAGAGCAGGGAGACCGGAUGAAUGUGGAUUUGGACACAAUGACAAGUCUUGGGCAUUACACUGUCAAGAUAACACUUUUAUCUUUUGUUACAACAACGUCCAAACUUACGUCUCAGGUCCUCGGUCCUCCAGACUAGGAGUGUACCUGGAUCACAGCGCAGGUACUCUGUCCUUCUACAGCGUCUCUGAUGAUACCAUGACUCUCCUCCACAGAGUCCAGACCACGUUCACUCAGCCCUUGUAUGCUGGACUUCGGGUUUAUUAUGAUUAUGGAGACACUGCUGAGUUCUGUAAACUGAAAUAGACCGACGAUGAUUUCUGUAAACUGAAAAAUACAUAAAUUACUCUUUUUUAACUCUAGUGUAUAUGUGUCUCCAUGUUUGUUGCUGAGAGCUGGUUGUUGGGGCAUUUCUUCACUGCAGAGAUCAGCUGUCAAUCAAACAUUAUGGGAUGUCCUUUCACGUCUUCUCUUUAGUUGCUGUGUAAAUGUUUGAGCUCCUUCCUGUGUCUGUUUAAUCAUGAAGGCCAUCACUGAUGCUCAUGAUGAUGUGUGUUGACCUGAACUGAACAUUUUAACUUCUUUGUGCUCUAAA